GCCGUCCAGACAGUUACCCAUCGUUCAUCUGACGACAAGGAAAAAUGAGCGGAAGAGGCAAAGGAGGUAAAGGACUCGGGAAAGGAGGCGCGAAGCGUCACCGUAAAGUCCUUCGUGAUAACAUUCAGGGAAUCACCAAGCCCGCUAUCCGCCGCCUGGCUCGCCGUGGCGGGGUGAAGCGAAUUUCCGGUCUGAUCUACGAGGAGACUCGCGGUGUGUUGAAGGUCUUCUUGGAGAACGUGAUCCGCGAUGCCGUCACCUACACCGAACACGCCAAGAGAAAGACCGUCACCGCCAUGGAUGUGGUCUAUGCUCUGAAGAGACAGGGACGCACUCUGUACGGCUUCGGCGGCUGGGAUAAGAAAGUUCUAGCUGCUGACAGAUAUGAUGUGGAGAAGAACAAGGCUCACGUCAAACUCACCAUCAAGAGUUUGGUGUCUAAAGGAACUCUGGUCCAGGCCAAGGGGACCGGGGCCUCCAGCCUCCUUCAAGACGAGCAAGAAGAAUCCGCACAUUUACUUGGUCUUGGCGGGCUUCUCGGUCUUCUUAGGCAGCAGGACGGCCUGGAUGUUGGGCAGCACGCCGCCCUGAGCGAUGGUCACUCCGCCCAGCAGCUUGUUAAGCUCCUCGUCGUUGCGGACAGCCAGCUGCAGAUGGCGAGGAAUGAUGCGGGUCUUCUUGUUGUCACGGGCAGCAUUUCCAGCCAACUCCAGGAUUUCAGCGGUGAGAUACUCCAGCACAGCCGCCAGCUGAGCAUACGGGACGUCUCCUGCCUGACCAACCAGAAAAGAGGCUUCCAGGAGAGGGCGGCCACUCUGCGUUUCGAACGGAUUCUCUCCAAUACGCAGCCGAGUUCUGGCCGUGGGUCGCUCCCAACUGCGGCGGGGAGCUCAAAGAAGAGCCCCCUCACCAAUGAGGAGCCGGAGGAGCUAAUGGCGAGAACAAAGCAGACUGCUCGUAAAUCUACUGGAGGCAAAGCCCCCAGAAAGCAGCUGGCCACUAAGGCUGCACGUAAGAGUGCCCCAGCCACCGGUGGCGUGAAGAAGCCUCACCGUUACAGGCCCGGCACGGUGGCUCUAAGAGAGAUCCGUCGCUACCAGAAAUCCACCGAACUGCUGAUCCGCAAGCUGCCCUUCCAGCGCCUGGUGAGAGAAAUCGCUCAGGAUUUCAAGACUGAUCUGCGUUUCCAGAGCUCCGCUGUCAUGGCCCUGCAGGAGGCCAGCGAGGCUUAUCUGGUUGGCCUGUUUGAGGACACCAACUUGUGCAUACCUAGCAAGAUGAGCGGAAGAGGCAAAGGAGGUAAAGGACUCGGGAAAGGAGGCGCGAAGCGUCACCGUAAAGUCCUUCGUGAUAACAUUCAGGGAAUCACCAAGCCCGCUAUCCGCCGCCUGGCUCGCCGUGGCGGAGUGAAGCGAAUUUCCGGUCUGAUCUACGAGGAGACUCGCGGUGUGUUGAAGGUCUUCUUGGAGAACGUGAUCCGCGAUGCCGUCACCUACACCGAACACGCCAAGAGAAAGACCGUCACCGCCAUGGAUGUGGUCUAUGCUCUGAAGAGACAGGGACGCACUCUGUACGGCUUCGGCGGCUAAACCCGACUGGCUCCUGUUGAAAACCAAAGGCUCUUUUAAGAGCCGCA